AUGGCUCCUGGUUCAAAACUACAUGCUGAUCCUUCGAAUAAAGCAGUAGAUCAGAAAACCGACCAAGGCAUGAGUGGUUCUUUGAUGAAUUUAACUUAUUGUAGACCUGAUAUUAUUUUCCGAACACAUCUUUGUGCUAUAUCAGACAAAUCCAAAAGAGUCCAUCUUAGUGCAGUUAAACAUAUUUUUUGUUAUCUUAAAGGGAGUGCUAAUCUAGGACUUUGGUAUCCUAAAGGUAUUGGUUUUGAAUUGACUGCUUACUCAAAUACAAAUUAUGCAGGGUGUAUGUUGGACAGGAAAUUCACUUCGGGUCAUGUUCAAUUCUUAAGAGAUAAACUGGUAAGUUGGGCAUCAAAGAAGCAAAAUUAUGUGUCCACUUCUACUGCUGAAGUAGAAUACGUAGCUGCUGCUAGCUGUUGUUCUCAAGUUAUCUAG